AUGGACAUUCUAGAAGGACCGAUCUUGCUAGCCUGUUCUGCAGUCACUGGCCUCUAUGCGCUCUGGCAACAAAAGUACCAGCAAGGGAGGAUACGACUGCCGGAUCAGAGACCAUGGAGUGAGCAGCCCCUCGGAGCCAUUGUCCGGACGACACACCUGGUCCUGAUCACGCUCGGCCUUGCCCUCCUGAUCUCAAUCUCAAACCUGGUUGCCGUCGUGGUCUUGCUGAUCAAGCAAGAGAAAACGGACCUUUACCUCGGCAAAUCCUUCGCUACCCUCAAUCGCAUCACCACCAUUGCACGAUUUGCUCAGAGUGUCGGGCUCAUCCUUCUGGGACUCGCUCAAGAAAUCCAAUUGCGGGCUUCACGGUCUCAGGACCUGACUCAGGAUCGCGCACCAUCUUCGCAAUCAAGUCACGCCACGCUGAUUCAGGACAGCCAAGUUGGGGCAAGUACAACAACACCCAACAAGAAGGAUAAGAACAAGUCUGGAACAAGACUAGGAGGUGCACAGCCAGCAUCUGCGCAAAAGGACUACAAGCGGCCCACAACCUUCAAGGAAUUUUACGGGCAUUGCAAGAGCCUCCGUCCAUAUAUCUGGCCCUCCAAGUCACGCAAACUGCAGAUCCACAUUCUCCUUUGUCUGGCUCUACUGGUGAUCGGACGCGUUGUCAACGUGCUUGUGCCCCAGCAACUUGCAAAGGUUGUCAACGCGCUGAGACAGGUUUCAGACGGAGCCACAGACGAGAAUGGAAACCCUCGAUUCAUCUGGAUGGAGAUCAUGGUCUUUAUCGGUCUGAGGGGGCUCCAAGGAAGCAUUGGUGCCGUCGAUACACUUCAGGGCUUGCUCUGGAUUCCUGUGGGUCAGUUCAACACUCGGGAGCUGGCCGUCAAGAUGUUUGAGCAUCUUUUGAACCUUUCCUUGAGAUUCCAUCUCAACCGCAAGACUGGAGAAAUGCUUCGUGUCCAAGAUCGCGGUGUGUCGUCGAUUGUCACAUUGCUCUCCUCGUUGCUCUUCAACAUUUUGCCUUGCCUUGUUGAUAUCGCAGUCGCAUGUAUCUUCUUAACACGGGCUUUCGACAUUUACUUUGGAAUCAUUGUCUUUAUUACAAUGAUGUGUUACAUCUACGCGACCAUUCUCAUGACGGACUGGAGGACACGGUAUCGCCGCGAGUCUAAUGCGCUCGACAAUGCAGUGGAGGCGCGAGCAGUCGACUCUUUGCUCAACUACGAAACCAUCAAGCUGUUCGCCACUGAGGAGUACGAAGUCGGGAAGUACACCGAUGCCAUCCAUGCCUAUCAGAAGGCUGACCAGAAAUCGCAGUACACCCUCGGUAUUCUCAACACCACCCUGAACGUUGUUAUUCAAGGAGGCCUAGCUCUGGGCUGUUUGCUUUGCGCCAAGCGCAUUGCACAAAAGGAGAUGGAGGUGGAUGACUUUGUGAUGUACUACGCCUACAUUACCCAACUGUACGGCCCACUCAAUCUCUUCGGAACGUCUUAUCGAUCUCUCCAGAAAAACUUUAUCGACAUGGAAAAGAUGCUUGAUCUCUUUCAGGAGCCUGUCGAGAUUCAGGAUCUCCCCGAGGCAAAGCCGCUUACAAUGACUGGUGGCGAAGUCGUCUUUGAAAACGUGUCGUUCGGUUAUAGCCCACAGAAUCCAAACCUCAAGACUGUGUCGUUCAAGAUCCCGCAUGGCAAAAAGCUGGCGCUCGUUGGUCCCUCUGGAGGCGGCAAGUCUACGAUUCUCCGUCUACUGUUCCGGUUUUAUGACCCGACUCAAGGCAGGAUCUUGAUCGAUGGACAGGACAUCCGAAUGGUUACCCAAUCCAGUCUGCGGCGGAAGAUCGGUAUCGUGCCUCAGGACACCGCCCUCUUCAACGAGUCGAUCGGAUACAACAUUGGAUAUGGAAAAAUCGGACAGGAUCAGGCGCAGGUGUUCGAUCCUUCACGCUCAGCUAUGCAGAGGCGACGCAUCCAGUCUGGCGAAAGUUCCGGCGCCGAGUCAAGUCGUCGUGUGCUGUUAAGCGGCAAGCCUACAAAGCCAGCUGGUCGCGGACUAAAGAGUAAGAAUGCAUCGCCUCACUCCUCACCCGAGACUGCUGGCAUUACCGAGGGCGACGAGGACGCAGAUGUCGAGGGCGACGGAGGAGAGUAUGAGGACGACGAGGAUUGGGAGGAUGAUGGCCGCAUCCAAGCGGCGGCAGAGGCAGCACAGAUCCACGAGAUUAUCUCGCGGUUCCCAGAAGCCUACGCAACGCGAGUUGGUGAGAGAGGCAUGCGACUCUCGGGCGGUGAGAAGCAGCGAGUGGCCAUUGCACGAACAAUCCUCAAGAACCCGCCGAUUCUUCUAUUGGAUGAGGCAACCAGCGCCUUGGAUACACAGACAGAGCGGGAUAUCCAAAACUCGAUUGAGUCGAUUUCAAAGGACCGGACAACGCUGAUGAUUGCGCAUCGACUGUCGACGAUUGUGGAUGCGGACGAAAUUCUGGUGAUCCAGAAGGGUGAGAUUGCAGAACAGGGCAGCCAUGAGGAACUCAUGCAGGCAGGAGGAAUCUAUGCUGCCAUGUGGAUGCAACAACUCCGGGAGGAUCGGACGCCGGCUGCAAGUAGCCAUUCGAGUCAAAAGGAUUCGUCCAAGGGCGAGGAGGAAUCGGAAUCGGACGAUUCGUCAAACGACGACGACAAUGCUCGAGUCGGCAAGAUCCGUAUCCGUAGGGGUCACCACCACCACCACAACAGCCGACACCCGCAUGGAACUGGAGCUGGAACCGGGCACGUUGGAGAUCAGCGCGCGGUGAUGUCAUUCUCGCUUCCAGCGUACGGAUCCAACUUUGGAUCAGAAAUAGGGUCCAGCUCGGGUUUCAGUAGUGGUGUUGGACCUUCGUCUUCAUCAAGACGUGGUUUCAUGCAGGGGGGACUUGACUGGCCAAGGAUCAAUAUGACGAUGCAGCGGCCCAACCAACUGACGGUUCUUCCGGAGUCGGAUAGUAUCCAGGAGGUCUCUGACGAAGCCAGUUAUCAGGACGACGCUGCUGAUGACCACUUGUCUGAUUCAGGAGAGACCAAGACACCGGGAGGGUCAGGGCCACCCAAACACACAGACGGUGAUCUUGUCUAG